UGCACUUUCGCGCAUAAACAACACAAUACUACCAAAUAACACAACACAAUUUUAAAAUUUACAAACAAGUCCUUCUCACUCCUUAGUUCUUCUUUCACAUACUCUCAUUUUCGAAACUUAGGGUUUUCGGUUCUCACAUUUCUCCCAGUUUAGGGUUUCUCAAUCUCUCUCAAUCCAUCAAUGGCGGCAAUCGUGGCUCCUCAACCCCAAUCUUCGAAGACGGAAUCCUACACUGACAACAAGCGCAAGGAAGAUGUCCGUCAAGCCAACAUCAUCGCCGCACGAUCGGUUGCCAACGCCGUUCGCACCAGUCUCGGCCCUAAAGGUAUGGACAAGAUGAUUUCCAAUUCUUCCAAUGAAGUUAUCAUCACCAACGACGGUGCCACAAUUCUCAACAAGAUGCAGGUUCUUCAACCCGCUGCGAAAAUGCUUGUUGAGCUUUCCAAGUCUCAGGACUCCGCUGCGGGUGACGGAACCACUACCGUCGUUGUCAUCGCCGGUGCUCUUCUCGAAAAAUGUCUCUUCCUUCUUUCCCACGGCAUUCAUCCUACUGUAAUCUCUGAUUCACUUCAUAAAGCCUCUGUUAAAGCCAUUGAUGUUCUUACUGCUAUGGCUGUUCCGGUUGAACUCUCUGAUCGUGAUUCUCUCAUUAAAUCCGCUAGCACUUCGUUGAACAGCAAGGUUGUUAGUCAAUACUCGUCUCUCCUCGCUCCCAUCGCGGUUGAUUCUGUUCUCUCUGUUGUGGAUCCUGCCCACCCGGAAAUGGUUGAUCUUCGGGAUGUUAAGAUUGUUAAGAAGCUUGGUGGGACUGUCGAUGAUACAGAGCGUGUGAAGGGUUUGGUUUUCGAUAAGAAGGUUAGUCAUGCUGCUGGUGGACCGACUCGUAUGGAGAAUGCUAAGAUUGCUGUGAUUCAGUUUCAGAUUUCACCUCCUAAGACUGACAUUGAGCAGAGUAUUGUGGUAAGUGAUUACUCUCAAAUGGAUAGGAUUUUGAAAGAAGAGAGGAGUUAUAUUUUAGGAAUGAUUAAGAAGAUUAAGGCAACUGGUUGUAAUGUGUUGUUGAUUCAGAAGAGUAUUUUGAGAGAUGCUGUUACUGAUUUGUCUUUGCAUUAUCUUGCUAAAGCUAAGAUUUUGGUGAUUAGAGAUGUUGAGAGAGAUGAGAUUGAGUUCAUUACCAAGACUCUUAAUUGUUUGCCAAUUGCUAAUAUUGAGCAUUUUCGUGCUGAGAAGUUGGGUUUUGCUGAUCUUGUGGAGGAGGUUUCGCUUGGGGAUGGGAAGAUUGUGAAGAUUUCUGGUAUUAAGGAUAUGGGAAAGACAACAACUGUGCUUGUUCGGGGUUCAAACUUGCUCGUGCUUGAUGAAGCUGAUAGAAGUCUGCAUGAUGCUUUGUGUGUUGUUAGGUGUUUGGUUGCCAAGAGGUUUUUGAUUGCAGGUGGUGGUGCUCCAGAGAUAGAGCUGUCGAGGCAAUUGGGUGCCUGGGCUAAGGUGUUGCAUGGGAUGGAAGGUUACUGCAUUCGUGCAUUUGCUGAGGCUCUUGAAGUUGUUCCUUAUACUCUUGCUGAGAAUGCAGGUUUGAACCCGAUUGCAAUUGUUACCGAGCUGAGGAAUCGUCAUGCCAAAGGUGAGAUCAAUACUGGAAUCAAUGUCAGGAAAGGUCAAAUUACAAACAUCCUCGAGGAAAAUGUGGUGCAGCCACUGCUAGUAAGCACAAGUGCUAUCACCUUGGCAACUGAGUGUGUGCGGAUGAUUUUGAAGAUUGAUGAUAUUGUAACUGUGAGGUAGAGUUUAUUAGACAGUGACUGAAAAUUAGAGAAAAACUACCGAAUCAUCAUAGUAUGUCCAUUUUAAUUUACUUUUAAGUUCGUAGUUAUGUUCAUUUUCACUGAUUUUGGUUAAGCAAUUUUGACUUUGGCUGCUGUUUUUCUUUACAAAUUUUCGAUGUCCUUGUGGAUUGUGAUGCCUGCUGCAGUCAUUUGAUUUUGAAGCACUUCUUGUUUAUCUUGUAUUUGGGAGUUUUUCUAUAGUUGAUCAUUUUUCUGAGCACCUUA